UUUUGGCCCAUCUCUCUUUGCUUGUGGGGAUCAAGUUUCAUGCAUUUUGAUUGGCUGUAUCUCUUUAGUCUUUACUUCCUUUUGAACAGGUUUUUAUUGAGGACAAUUUACACUUCGCUACACAAUACCUGAGGAAGAAGAUGAGGUUGGAAUUGAAGAGAGAAAGAGAGAAAAACUGAAUGUUUAAAGCCUAAAAAAGAGAGCUGAUCAUCGGACCCAAAGGAAAGAAAGAAAAAGGGCUUUUUUCCUUCCUCCCAUCUCAUGAUCUACUACUCUUUCUACCUCUCUACCACUAUCUUUCUCCCCCUCCCCCUAAUCUCCAUCCUCUAUUAGCUUUUCCUUUCCCCCUUUUCAUUUUCUUUUUAAAUAUAGACUCCUCAACUUUACAGAGUGAGAAGAAAAAGCCAACAUCAGCUGUAGUUGGCAAAGGAAAAUAUAUUGCUUUGCUUUGCCUCUUUGGCUUUAAUUAUAUUAAACAAGUUAAUCGCCCCAAGGAGAGGUUUUGCUGGAAUAAUUACGCAUGUUGGCCAAUAACUCUUGUUCUUCGGAGCCAUUUUCCUGCAUAGAGAAUGGUAACAAUAACAAUAAGAAGAAAAGAAGACCGGCAGGAACGCCAGAUCCAGAUGCUGAAGUGGUUUCUCUCUCGCCUAAAACACUACUAGAAUCGGAUCGUUACGUUUGUGAGAUCUGCAACAUAGGAUUCCAGAGAGACCAAAACCUACAGAUGCACAGGCGGCGACACAACGUUCCAUGGAAGCUACUAAAGAGAGAAACUCCAGUGGUGAGAAAGCGGGUGUUUGUUUGCCCGGAGCCUAGUUGCUUGCACCAUGACCCCUGCCAUGCUUUAGGCGAUUUGGUUGGGAUCAAGAAACACUUCAGGAGGAAACACAGCCACCACAAGCAAUGGGUCUGCGAAAAAUGUUCGAAGGGCUAUGCUGUUCAAUCUGAUUAUAAGGCCCAUCUUAAAACCUGUGGCACCAGAGGCCAUUCUUGUGACUGCGGCAGAGUUUUUUCAAGAGUCGAGAGUUUCAUUGAACAUCAAGAUGCUUGCCAAAUGGUGCGUGUCCGGCCAGAAGCACAAACACUGCAGCCGGCAUGCUUGUCGCGAACAGCUUCACGCCCCAGUCCCUCCAGUGAUACCAAUUUCAAUACAGCUACUUGGCCUAGUUUGGUGUUGGCAAGGACAAAAGAUACCGUGUUCUUGAGUCCUACAAAAGAUAAUUCCCCUAAAAAUGCGCACUACCACAAUUUGGAGCUUCAACUCUUAACCACAUCAAAUCCCCCUGAGGUCUCAGUUUUCCCUAAAAAGCAUGAUAAUCAGUCAACCCAGUUACAGCUCUCAACCGUCUCAUCUGAUACUGUUGAGAAAAUUGAAUCAACUGUUACUUGUACAGAAAAGGACAAAAGCAAGAAAUCAACUCAUCAGGAGAUUCAUGAGAAACCUGUCUUUGUUACAUCGAGGUUAAAAGAAGAAGCUCGAAAGCAGUUAUGGUUGGCUAUGGCGGAGAAAGCUUAUGCUGAAGAGGCAAGACAGCAAGCAAAAAGGCAGAUUGAAUUAGCUGAGCAGGAGUUUACCAAGGCAAAGAGAAUCAGGCAACAAGCACAAGCAGAAUUAGAAAAGGCUCAAGCUUUAAAGGAUCAUGCAAUAAAGCAAAGCAACUCCACCAUUCUUCAUAUUACUUGCCAUGAUUGCAAGCAGCAAUUUCAAGCUAGAACACCUCCCGAAGAGAACUCCCUAGUUGCGAGUUACAUUUCAUCAGCUAUAACAGAAGGUGAAGUCCAAAACGAUAUUCGAACAAAUCUUACAAAGGCUACUAACACAUAAAUCAAUCCCUCUAUAUCAUCCGUAAAUCAUCUUCUUUUUCUUUCAUAUUAAUCCACAUCUUUCCUUCUUAUAUCUACGGAUAUACUAUAAAUGGUUGCUUUGAUAAUCUCAAGUUGAUUAAUGGAGUGUUGUAUCCUGCAAUUUGUUUGGUGUAAUUUGUUCAUUAAUUUGGUUAAAUGAAGCUAUAGUGAUGGGUUUUGUUGGUGAAGUAUUCCAGGGUAAUAAUUUGAUCAAUUAAUAUUAAUGAUCGUACGUUUUUCUGAAU